AUGUUCUUCGACCUCAAUAUCGCAGUAUGCGCGUCUACAGGAGCACCGUCGAAGAAGGGAAAAGAAAAACAGAGCGUUCAAACGUUCUCAAAUGCCCAAAUCGCAGCCCUUGAAGCAAAAAUUGAUAUCCUCGUUCACUUAGGAUAUACCGUUAUCGCCUUUUCGCAGACGGUUCACAAGAAAGUGGACUCGAAAACUCAUUGUAAUCCGCUAGACGGCCUGCUUUCUCAGUUGAAGCCGCGACCUGGUAUCGUUUUUCUAAAACGACUGAACGUCGUCCUUGACGAGGAUAGUGAAAAGGGAUUUGGCUUGAUUAACGCGAAUAUACCCUUAUUCAAUUCAUACGACUUGAUCGCCUUGAUUCCAACGACCCAUGCGACACUUUCUGCGGCUUGUCUGACGCACAGCGCUCCGUCGCAGCUAACGGCGCACAUAAUCUCGCUCCCACUCACCCUCCCACGACUACCUUACCACCUCAAGCACACCCUGAUUCGAACAGCCAUCAAGAACGGCGCCGUAUUCGAAAUCAACUAUGUCGGCGCGCUAGGGGGAAACGCGGACCCCGUGCUUGUCGAGGCCAAUGCUGCGGAAAGUGGAGCAAGCGCGAAGAAGAACUGGUGGGCGGCUGCGAGAGAGGUGGUGAGGGUCACGAAGGGCAAAGGGAUCAUCGUUAGCAGUGGGUUGGUGGAUGAUGUGGAUCUGCGUGCACCGCGAGAUGUUGGCAAUUUGAUUACUUUGCUCGGUUUGCCUCAAGACGCUGCCCACGAUGCGUCAACGAGGACGCCGAAAUCUUUGGUUAUCCGUGCUCAAACUCGGAAAACGUAUCGUGCGGUCCUAUCCGAACCAACAUUAGUAAUUCCAGAAGGCUUUGUCGCGGAUGGCAUGGACGUAGAAGAGCCGGCCGACAACAGCUCUACAGUUCCCUCCAAACGUCCACGAGAAGUCGCCAGCUCGGAAAAUGGCCAAUUGCAGACCCAGGCUAAAGGUGGACAGGGCGAAUCGGGUAGCAAAAAGAAGCGAAAGAAGGGGGAUAAGUCCGGUAUUGGUAAUAUCGCUGCCUGA